GAUCACUGUCAUUUGUCCGGAUGUGUUGGCUUUCUAUAAAGCUGGGCUUUAUUUACAAGUUUGUAAGGUCCUGUGAUAUACCUUAUCCUUCCUUAUGAGUGACUUACAAAUCCGGUAGGAUCUCUUGGACCUGUGGCUUGUACGAGGUGAUAGUUUUACUUCAGAGGCACCGGAGUAAUAUACCAUGACUGUUUUUCGCACAUCGACAUCCGACUUGUGCGAAAAACGUUCCAUUAUACGUCUCAGAAUGUGCUUUCAUUUGUUAGUAAUGCUUUAUAACUUUUAACCGCUAUACUUUGAGAAGUGAUUGGUAUGGAAUGGAUAUUAUAUGGCUAUUAUAGGCCUAUAUAUUAGUGAUUGUGGACACAAAGUAAUAAGUAAGAGACCACAUGUUGUGAGCAACGGGUGCCAGCUUUUCUAAGUUGAAAUUUUUGUGAGGAAAAGCAUGGACAAGAAUAAACCAAUGCACGACAUUCACCGAUAACGAUAAUGAUAGAGGUUCGAUAAGAUACAAAGUCUAUCGUCAGGUUGGAACAGUUUUAAAGAAAUCACCAGUAACAUAAAUGUAUUCUUGUUGGAGCUGCCAUCUGAUAGCUAGGGAAAUUAUCAACAUAACGGGAAGUAAGGUAGACAAUUCAAACGCUUCAAACGUCGAAAAGGUGGUUCAAGUGAAAGAUCAGCAAUACAAGUGCAACGAAACCGACAGUUUGCUAGACUGAGUGGUUGCUUUGAUUUUCUUCGACUUCCAUCCGGAUAAUCAUGUUGCCGAGCAUAUUCACAAACGGUUAAUCAUUAGAGUCGUGGUCGCAAAAUGGAAACUUGAUGAGGAUAAUGACUUCUGACACGUGUAAUAUUCAACACAGGUCGCGCACCAAGGGAGUUAAACUCCAAACGAAGCUGUCCCCUUCGCUCGCCAGUGACGGUAAUAAUUACCUAGAAAUGUGGACCGGCGAAAGCCAUACAGUUCACUUACUAAUAUUACCACCUUCAUUUUGAAAUUUGGAGAAUAUCAAUUCGGACAUCAUGGGUCUCUCUCUGCUGGACGAAAUCAUGAAGUUCGAUGAGACCAAGGAUAACUUCAAGUCGGACAAGAGAAAGAAGGUCGGUGACUACAUCCUCGGGAAGAUACUUGGAGAGGGUACUUUCGCCAAGGUCAGGUUAGCCACACAUUUGAUUACGAAGGAAAAGGUUGCCAUAAAGAUCAUAAACAAAACUGCCAUCAAGAAACACCCCUACAUGAAGAAAUUCUUCCGACGAGAAGCUGUUCUGAUGCAGAAACUUCAACAUGAAAACAUCGUCGGUCUGUAUGACGUCAUGGAGACUGAGAACUCCUAUUACAUGGUCAUGGAAUACGCGGACGGAGGCGAGUUUGUCAAAUACCUCACUUCAAGACGGAUCCUUACUGAAGAUGAGACGAGAUUCUUCAUGAGGCAGCUCGUGUCGGCUGUUGACCACAUGCAUCGGACUGGCAUCGUUCAUAGAGACUUGAAGAUCGAUAACAUACUGUUGGAUAAACACAAGAACGUCAAGAUUAUCGAUUUCGGCCUGAGCAACCAGGCCCAUAGCCAAGCCAUUCUCACAACGCAAUGUGGUACGCCUGGUUACUCUGCCCCGGAGAUAUUCAGCAAGAGGAACUAUGGAGAAGCAGUCGACCUUUGGACGCUUGGUGUGGACAUGUUUGUUAUGCUGACGGGGAGCCUGCCAUUUAUCGUUGACCCGCCGGUGAACCUGACCAAACUUCACGCUCAGAUCUUGAGGGGAGUCGACAUACCACAGCAUCUCUCAGACAAUUGUAAAGAUUUGCUGCGUCGACUGCUCGACCCUCAUGAAGAGACACGGAUUAAGAUGCCUAUGGUGUUUAUGCACCCUUGGAUAAACACGGCGUACAGUACCGCACCCUCAAGAAUAGUUCCUGUAAAUUCACUAACCUUAGACGAGAUUGAUGAAGACAUUUUAUCCUACAUGGCGGAAGUACUAAAAAUAGAUGACACUGACGUCAGGGUGAACGUCAUGAACAGACGCGUCAAUGGGGUGACUGCGAUUUAUCAGUUAUUGCGCCGGCGGGUUGAGAAGGGGUUAGGGUGCCCCGGUGCUGAGGGGUUUAAGCGCAAUUCGAAGCUUCCCGCUGAACAAAACAUGACGGUGUUGGCGUCUGAUAGUCCUCCUGCGGUGGAGGAAAGUGAUGAUGUAUCUGAGGUGCCCAUGAGACAUGAUGUGUCCGUCACGAUUAGAUUCAAGAUGCCGGUCGUAGAGACAGGUGGUGGGCACAUAACGGACGCCACAGAGCGGGUAUGGAAUAAAAGCUACGGUAACACUAGCAGCAACUCCAUAUCCGCUAAGACACUUUAUGAAACCGUUAAGAAGGGAGACCCAAAUGUCCUGAUGGAGAAGACCCCGAGAAAGAGUUGGCAGAAGUUGACGCCAAGAAGUGCUCAAGCUGAAGCAGAGAAGAUCGAGUACAAAGACUUCCUGCGGAAGCUGCGGGUUAAGAGCCGGGAGAGUAUGAACAGCCCGGUGACUUCUAAAUGCACGAGUCAUCGAUCUGAUGCGCAGAGCCAGGCUAGUUUUGAUAACUCCGUCUCUACCGCUCUAGCUGGAUAUCUGACAAGUCGGAGUUCGACUGGUUCUCAUGUGAAGCCCCGAGAAUCCCGUGUGGGAGUGCCAGCACGACAAGGUAGCUUACAACGGGCGGGUAGUACGAAUGUUGUUAGUCCUGUUGGGGAUGCAAAGACCAUGAAACAAGCGUUGACUUUGAGUCCGAUCAAACCUGUGUCCCAAACAGAGCACAAGCAACGCGCAAUGGAAAUCAUGCGGAAAGGAGACAGUGUGGGGAGAGUCGGCCUUCCUCCUCCGCCUCCAAAUUCCGUGAUGGGCGGGUACAUUUUCGAUCUUGGCAAUACGGACGAUAAUGGCAUUGAAGGCGAGGAUGACAAUGAGUGCAUUGCCUGCAAACAUAUGGAAAAACUUGAGAAAGAGUUCUAUGGCAAAUUCAACUUGAAAUUAGACUCAAGGUCAUCAGCGGAACUUUCAAAUAUGCGGCACAAUUCAACUUGUAACGGACCAUCGACGAUGGCGUCAUUCCGUGCCAAACCUUCGGGAAGCCCCCGUACGAACAGAGGUGUGGUACCAAUAACUUUCAUUGGCAUGCGGGAGACAUGGACGCCAGCACCAACGUCUACCACGAGACGCCAAGCGUUUACGGCGACACAUCACGUUCGUCGGACACCUCGCGAGAGAGAACGAAUGAAAAGCUCAAAGUCUGUGUCUUAGAUAAAGGAAUUCUGAUAAAGCGGGCUUUUGCCUUUGGCUGGAUCUAGAUUAUCUAGUGGGUCCAAAGUGUUGUCACUGUGUUAGUAAAUAUGUAUAUUUAGGGAACUGGGCCUGAUUUGACUUUGUGAUUGAGAUAUUCCUAAAGUUUGAGUAGCGUCAAAUUAGAUAAACAUUGAAAAAGAAGAGAAACUUUGGAAAGAAGGGCCACAAAGAAGCGUGGAUGGUCUGUGCUGAGCACUCCCUCGAAUAGAUAUUGACAUCACAGUGCUCGUGGCCCAUGAUUGUAAUUGGACGUCGUACAUGUAAUGCUAUUUGUUUUCUUUGGUCUAUUAUUGAAUUAAUUAUAGACUUUUGCACCUGUUUCUAUCAAUUGAUGAGCCAGUUUUUCAUGCUUUUUGACUUUUUCUGGUACGUGACGUGCAUUGUACUCUUUGCUCAUUAGCCGUUGUCCUUUGAAGAACCGAAACAUCAGAUAACAACAAUCGAAAUCAGAUUCAGUACGGCCUCUAUAUGUUUGAUUACCAUGACUUUGGCUGUAGCGGAUACAGAAAUUGGGGAGAGGAAGCGUGGCCCAACACAGAGAGCAGAUAGCGCACAAUUUUGGGAACAAAUGAGGGUUUGGGGUCCUACCCAGAAAACAAAAAAUGAAAACUUAAGUGCAAAAAUAUACAUUCUAUGUGCAUCUGAGGGAUAGAAUAGAAUUACAUGUAGUAAAUCCUUUUUGUGGGGGGUGGGGCUCAUGUAGUACUCACAAAGGUCUCA